UGACAGUCUGUAAAAAUGAGAGUCGGAACUUCACCUGAUAAGCACUGGCUCAUGAUCGUUGAAGGGCAGUGUCAAAGUACGACCCAAGUAAACUGGCUGCAUAGUGAUCUGGUGCAGCUUUCCAUCCAGAUAAGAUAUGUUGAACUGACCCUUGAAACUCGAGGUUUUACGGUACAAAAAGAUACCAAAGGUGCUAAGGUGAAAGUACCAACAGAAACAAAGACAAACAAAAUCCCAAGACCAAGAGACAGUAACAACAACAACAACAACGAAACUGAAAACCGAACCCCGAGAACCGAACAACAUAAAAAGGUGAAGAUGGAAGGCUUUCUGGAAAAAAUCGGGGAGUUUGGCCCCUACCAGCGGCAGAUGUUCCUGCUCCUUUCCCUGCCCACCAUCAUUGUGUCCAUGCAGAAGCUGGCGUGGGUGUUCCUCGGAGCCAAAGUCGAUCACAGGUGUAGGCUGUCGUGGGAGGAGGAGAACGCCACCUUCGCGAUGGAUCCUGCGCUGUGGAACCUGUCUAUUCCUUGGGACGCUGCUCGGAAGGCGCCCGACCAGUGUGCCAUGUGGAGCAACGUAACGGAGGAUUCAACGAGUCGGCCAAAUAACAGCAUCAUUAUGCCUUGCGACACUUACGUUUACGACACAUCAACCUACAAAACAAGUGCAGUCAUUGAUUACGAACUCGUGUGCGACCGCGCGUGGUUGCGAGCGAAUGUGCAGAGCGUGUACAUGGUCGGGAUGCUGGUCGGCUCAUACCUCUUCGGCGAUCUGUCCGACAGAUUCGGCCGAAAACCCGUGUUCUUGAGUGCCUUAGUAUUGAUGGUGGUCGUCGGGGUGGGACAAGCAGCUAUCCCCGAGUACUAUACCUUCACGACGCUCCGGUUCGUGCUUGGGGCGUCUCUCCAAGGGGUCUUCCUCGUCUCCUACGUCAUGGGUGAGUUUAGGGAGGAAAGGGUCAUCCCCGAGUCCUCCCGUUGGCUCAUCAGCAAGGGCAGGGCGGCGGAGGCCAAGGUCAUCCUCGAGAAGGCGGCGAAAAUCAACAAGAAAGAGGUGUCGGAGGAGAUGAUCCUGCAGGUGGUGGAGCUCCCGAAGACGGCGAAGGACUCGGGGAAAGGGAACUUCUUGGACCUGUUCCGCUACCCGAAUCUGAGGAGGAAGACGCUCAACAUUUUCUUCAACUGGUUCGUCAACAGCGGGGUAUACUACGGGCUGUCCUUGAACACGGGCAACCUGGGCGGGAAUGACUAUCUCAACUUCAUGAUCAGCGGAGCCGUCGAACUACCCGCCCACGCCCUCACCAUCCUCCUGCUGGACCGCGUAGGGCGUCGCAUCCCCCUCUGUGCCUUCCUGCUCCUCGGCGGCGUGUCCCUGCUCAGUACCAUGUUUAUUCCAGCAGGAACCACGUGGCUGCUGAUCUGCACGUCCAUGUUCGGCAAAUUCUGCAUCACCGCCUCCUACGCCAUCAUCUACGUGCUGACGGCCGAGAUCUUCCCGACGGUGGUGCGCAACGUGGGCGUGGGGGCGUCGUCCAUGGUGGCGCGGGUGGGCGGGGCUCUUGCGCCCUUCGUCAACCUCCUGGGCGACCAGUGGCAACCGCUGCCCCUCAUCAUCUUCGGCGCCAUGGCCUUCGCGGCUGGCACUCUGUCUCUCCUGCUGCCAGAGACACUCAACCGACGUCUUCCAGAAACCAUAGAGGAUGGAGAGAACUUUGGAAGGGGCUCGACCGAGAGGGACACGGCGGCGAUGACCGCGGACGCCGACCAGCUGCAGAACCUGACGGAGCAGCUGAGUCCCGUGAGCGAACACUCGCCCACCCUCCUGGCCAAGAACAACCGCACGCCCCCGGCAGAGCCCCAGCAGAGCGAGGAACGGAACCCUGUGUUAAACGAACAGGAGGACGCUAGAUGUUAACGAGGCGGUUGUCUAGGUUGCUUCGCGAGAUGAGUGUGAGGAUGUGAAAAAGGUUUUUGACGUCUGCUAUACCGAGCUGAAGCACUCCUCUAUUUACCUUUUGGUUGUUGUUGUUGCUACAGAAGCGAUUUCCAUUCGAGAUUCUCCUCAUACAUUUUUCCCAUGCAUUUCAUGGCCAUUACGAAUGAAUUUCAUUGCAUUACCGCAUUUUCUUUUCGAAACAGUUCACCUCACAAAGCAAGCAUCUCACCACGCAUUUCGGACACUUCUGCUAGUGCUUUCCAGUCUGCCAAACCGAGGAUAUCUGGGACCAUUCUCAAUCCCGCGGCUACACUUAAAAAAAGAACAAAAAAAGAACAAAAACAACAAACAAAAACAAAAAUAAAAGCCAAAUGAAUAGAUCCUUCCGGUUUGGAUGUUUGGAAAAAAAGAGCUUAAAACUCAAUAAUUUCAUAUUUCUUUGCAACAGUUGUACAAGCUCACAAACAGAUCUUCCAUAAGCCUCUGUACUUCAUCACCGCCAUAUGUUCUGGGAUAAAUAACGGAGCGAUGAUAUUAAUUGCUGCAAAUUUCCUCAUUCUGGAUAAAGUCAGGAAUAAAAAAAAAGAGAGGAGAGGACGUAGGAAGAAAGGAAGCAAGGGAGGGAGAGAAAUGAAGUCAUGAGUCUACAUACCUGUGAUUACCUAUUGCCCGGUGGAAAUCAGUCAUGGAAUGAAUGUUUGUUUGUCAUGGAAGGUCAUUAGGUCUGUGUAAGGUGUAUGGGACCAUUUUUUUUUCCGAAGCUGGACCUUUCUGCACAGGUUCUGUUUUGGAUGUUUAGUUCUGGUAUAUUUCUGGUAUAAUGUGUAGGUUGUCUUUCAGUGUGACACCGAUGUGACUUUGUAGGUGGGUCAAAAGGAGGGUAUUUUCUCUUUUUUAUUUUUAUUGAAAUAACUGACUGUAGUGGAUGUAUAUUGGUAUAUUGUUUUUAUCUGUUAUUAAAUUUCUCUCUCUCUCUCUCUCUCUCUUUCACUGUUUUUUUUAUCUCUCUCUCUCUUUCACUUUCUCUCUUUCUCACGCUCUCACUCUCUUCCUCCUUUUCUCAUUCUCUCUCUCUCUCUCUCUCUCUCUCUCUCUCUCUCUCUCUCUCUCUCUCUCUCUCUCUCUCUCUCUCUCUCUCUCUCUCUCUCUCUCUCUCUCUCUCCCCCUCCCUCCCUCCCUCCCUCCCUCCUUCCCUCCUUCUCUCCUUCCCUCCUUCCCUCCCUCCCUCUCUCUCUCUCACUCUCUCUUUCUCUCAUAAAGCAGUCAACAAGCUGACUUUUUAAAUAGAACUUUGUAAAACGAAUGAUUUACUUUCACCUUCCUUGGGCUUGCAGCACAGACUUUGUAUAAAACGGUUUUAAAAGGAAUCCGAUACGUGCUAUCUACUUUAUUACCAGUAUUUGUACAAUUUAGUUGAAGAACACAUUAACUCUU